CGCAAAAUACUUGCUUAAAAAGACAAGUAGCAACAGAGUUACUUCUUCAUUUCGAUCCCGGUUGCCCAGAACUUAACUUUAGCUACAUCGAUUUUACACCGGCUGCCCACAGAUAGCCUACCAUUUUCAAACGACGAAGAAAAGCCAGAACGAACUAUGAAGCUCACCGCCCUGUUAUUUGCAACCCUAUCUGCGUUUACCGCGGUCCAGGGCUACUAUGAUAUCUCUUCGCCGGACUUUCGUCUCAUCCUGAGAUCGAGCAAUUCCACGCUCAACGGCACUGCUCUCGGAGCCUGUCACCAAGGCGCUGCCACCGAAGGCCUCUGUCCGACUAGGGAGACUGUACAGAACCCACCAAGCUCCUACACGACCUUCUACCACAACGUCAGCUCAGAUGACAACGCGACCGCUGGAGCCGCCAAUACAAAAGGCAUUUUAAACUGGAUUCUCCAAGCAGCCGAUGGCGCCAAUUAUUCGUCCGCGAUGGGCCUGUCACUUUCGGAUACAUCAAACGUUGCCAACCCAAUCUUCUUCCCCGGAAUGAUCGCGCACAGCCCUAUCGCUUUCGAAGAGGAUGGCUGCACCUACAUAGAGGCAGUACAAGAUGACACUGUCAGCCCACCUGUCUAUUUCAAACCGAUCCGCAAGGUGAAGAACUGGUACGUCUGCUACACCAGGUGGUCCUACCUGUACUACACGUUGGCUUGGAAGGUUGGUCUCACCGGUCAGCCCCAGAACCCUUCAUGCCAAAAGGUGGACGUUAUCCGCGUGUUCAAUUAAAGACACUCGCCGUGCAUCCUGGAAAAAUGUGGAAUGGUGGUUUGCAUAGGCUGAUGACUUUACGGGAUCAGCUGCCUCAGCGUUGGUGGAUGGGGAUUACUCUG